AUAGCCCAAAAUUAAGAAGAGAAAUAGUUACGCCCCAAAAGGUGGAAACGGCUAGUUAAAACAUGUUGCUAGCCGAAGGCUACUUAACACGUUUACACUAUUUGAAAAAAGGGGGAGCUUAAAGGGAUGCCCCCUCCCCCCGACUGGAAAUGAAUGCGGUAUAGGCUAGCGACGUUGUGCACUUCUCUUCAGCAACUAUAAGCACAGGUAACUGUUGAGGGGUCGCAGCAAACUUAGUAGAUUCGACCAGCUUCUGUUUCAGAACAUUUAAGUAACACGAACAUAGUCUAUUGGCAGCAUAACUUAUUUAAGAUGGAGGCGAGGUCUGCUUUGCUUUUUCUCUGUUUGACAGAAAUAUAUGUAGGAUGUCACACCAACCCAUUAGAAGACGUCGUUAUUGAUCGGUAUGACAUACCCAGAGUUUGUUCCAGAGAAGUUCAAACUGGUGAUUAUGUGCGUUAUCACUACAACGGCACGUUCUUGGAUGGAAAGAAGUUCGACUCGAGCUAUGACCGCGGCGUGCCCUUCAUUGGACAGGUGGGAUUCGGUCGCCUCCUCGCAGGCAUGGACCGCGGGAUCCAGGGCAUGUGCGUCAACGAGCGCCGGAAGGUCACCGUACCCCCACACCUGGCGUAUGGCAAUUUAGGAGCAGGGAACGUGGUCCCCCCGGACGCCGUAUUGGUGUUCGACCUGGUCCUGCUAGACAUCUGGAACACGGAAGACAAGGUGCAGACGUUCACCCUCAAGAAGGUGAAGGACUGCCGGCGCACAGUGGUGGCCUCAGAUUUCGUGCGGUAUCACUACAAUGGCACCCUGCUGAAUGGGACUCCAUUCGACUCCAGCUACAAAAGGAACCGGACGUACGAUGCCUAUGUCCAGCAGGACGAGCUCAUCAAGGGGAUGGAUGAAGGUCUUCUGGGCAUGUGCGUGGGAGAGCUGAGGACAAUCAUCAUCCCACCCUUCCUGGCCUAUGGAGAGAAGGGAUACGGCACAGACGUCCCCCCUCAGGCUAGUCUGGUGUUCAGCGUGCUCCUGGUAGACCUGUUCAACCCCAAGGAUGACAUCACCAUCGACAACCAGGUAGUGCCUGAGGCCUGCACUCGUAAGUCGGUGGUGGGUGACUUCGUCCGGUACCACUACAACGGCACGUUCCAGGACGGCACCCCCUUUGACUCCAGCUAUCAGCGAAACCGCACCUACGACACCUACAUCGGCAUGGGCUACAUCAUCCACGGGAUGGACAAGGCCCUGCAGGGGGUCUGCAUGGGGGAGAAGAGACGUGUCACUGUGCCUCCUCAGAUGGCCUAUGGAGAGAACGGAACAGGAGACAUCAUCCCCGGCUCAGCGGUGCUCAUCUUCCACGUCCACGUCAUUGACUUCCACAACCCCAGCGACAAAGUGGACAUCAACGUCACCUACAAGCCUGAGGAGUGCAACCUCACAACUGAAGACAACGACCUGAUCAAGUACCGUUACAACUGCUCUCUGAUGGACGGCACGCUGCUCUACUCCUCGGAGCACUAUGGCAAACCACAGGACACAGUUCUGGGGGUGAACAGGGUGAUCGAUGGCUUGGACACGGGGCUGCAGAAAAUGUGCGUGGGGGAGAGGCGAGAGGUCAUUAUCCCCCCUCACCUGGGUCACGGAGAGAACGGAGGGAGCGGCGUGCCGGGCAGUGCGGUGCUGUUCUUCGAGCUGGAGCUGAUGGAUCUCCAGAAGGGGGUGCCGGAGGGGUACAACUUCAUAUGGCUGAAAGACACUCCGCAGGAGAUCUUCCCGGCCAUGGAUAUGAACAGCGACAAGGAGGUACCCCUGGAGGAGUUCUCCACCUUCAUCAAGCUGCAGGUCACGGAGGGCAAAGGUCGCCUGCGGCCCAGCCCGGACCCCGACGCCAUCAUCAAGGACAUGUUCGCCAACCAGGACAAGAAUGCGGACGGCAAGAUCGUCGUGGCGGAGCUGCAGAUUAAAGUGGACGCUCACGACGAGCUGUGACGGACAGGGCGACGCAGACACAGGGACACGCACCGCACCGGACAGAGGGGCGGGCGUGUGUGAAACCGGCACCAUACCAAUCAGCAACCAGAGAACGAUCACUAACUGAUGUAACAGAUGGCUGAUUGAACACAUUUCACCAUUGACGGAAGCCUGGAGCCAAGUAUUGCCAUCACAGAAGCAGGGAGUUUCCUGCUUUAAUGUAAAAAAACGAUUGGCACUGUGUAGGCAGCUGUACCUGAGCCUAUUCCUCUCAGUGUCCUCCCAGAAUGCAACGUUCCUGGGCCUUAGGCUCAUAGUAAACCCAAGUGGUUCAAGUGGUUUAGUCCUGGGUAUGCUGGUUUUUGUUCCAACUCCAAUUGCAAUCCCAGAAUUUUAGUAAGAUGUGAAUUUUUUUGAAAUUAUGCUUUUCAUGUUUCAGAGAUAUAAUGCAGCUAAAGGGGGUAUAUAAUGUCAGAAAUAACUAUGCAUGCCAUGAAGACUACAGUCCCAAAUACACCUUGUGCUAUAUUGCAACAGUUAAGAGAGAUUAACACUGAUCAACUUAUCGAUCGACUGUUUGGUAUAUGUUUUGGUAUAGUGUCGGUCCGUCAACUGUAUAUUUUGAAACCCGAAAUUUAAGGACUAUAAACACAGGCAGAGUUAACAUGUCAGUUAGUCUUUUUCAAUGAUAGGAAGGGAUUUCCAAUGGUCUUGUAACAAUGUUUUAACACAGAAAACAUACCUAUUGUGCCUUUAAAUUUACAGGGAAAAAAUUCAGAAAAAAUACAAACACAUGUUCUACAACCUAUAUUGAGCAAGAGAUUGGCUGUAACAAAAAUCAGCAUACACAGGGGUGCCCCAGGAACAAAAUUGAGAAACGCUGGUAUACUUUGUUCUCUCUCAAUAUCCCUUCCAACAUUAAAAAACAUGUAAGUGGUGUGUUGUACAUUUAAUGUGGACAUUUUGUUUAGUACAGUCCUAAAAACACCUUGCAUUGUGUUCUCAGAUGAAUGGUGGUUUAUAAUAAAACAAAGAAAAAACCUUU